AUGUGGACUGAUUUACAAUUGCAUGUUUUGAUUGAUUAUAGAAAAGACAAUAACAAUGAAUAUCAUGAACUUGUUUGUAACCAGAAAGGUAUGUUCUGGAAAGGAAUAGCAAGCAAAAUUAAUAUUGAAUUUGGCACUAGUUAUACAGGCCAACAGUGUAAAGAAAAGUUUAAUGGACUAUUAAGAGAUUACAAGAAAAUGAAAUUGUAUAUUGAAGGAAAUGCAAAUGGUAAAAAAACAAGAACUGGAAUAAAGUAUUAUGAAGAAUUUGCUACACAAUUUUGGUUAAAACCUGUAAUCAUGUAUGAUCUAAUUAGAAUGCAAAAUAUUGCAAAUCAUGAUAACCAAGACUCUCCAUCACAAUAUAAAAA